AAAUGUAGAAAUGAGAACCUGAUUUUCCCCCUUUCACUCAUUAGCGUAAACCCAGCCGCCUCCUCCCACUCCCUAUCCCUCUCCCCCAUCCACGAAACCCUAAACCUCAUGCUUUCCUCCGGCCUCGCCCCCGACGCCGCUACCGUCGACAUCGCUGUCCUCUGCCUCCCGCCUCGACCACGCCGUCCAAUUGCUCAAGGAAUUCGCCUCUUCCGUAGCAUGAUGGCACACAACACCCUCCCCGACGCCCACACUUUCGCCGGCCUCUUCACCGCCGCCUCCACGCUCUUCGGGAAAAUCUACUUCUAGGUGCUUGCAUUUGGUGGAGGGUGCGGAGUCUCCGGCGGCGGCGGCGCGGCUCGCCAUUCCCGAGGUGCCGAUGAAGGAGAACGUGGACGUGCUGAAGCUUCGCACGCGCCGAGGUAACGAAAUCGUGGCGGUGUACGUUAAGUACCAUAGGCCCACCUGCACCAUGCUCUACUCACACGGUAAUGCUGCGGAUUUGGGCCAAAUGUUUGAACUCUUCGUGGAAUUGAGCAAUAGGCUUCGUCUCAAUGUUAUGGGCUAUGUUGAACGCGUACUUGACCGGAUAAGCAAUGGUAAACUAGCAGAGGACAGAAGCAAAGGCAUCAGAUGUUGGAAGUGGUGCUCCAUCACCAAACAACAUAAGAGGAUCAUCAAGAAGAAGCAAUGGUGAUAAUGAGGGUAGCUAAAGGAAGGCUAGUUAGGCACAUUAAUAUAUUAGAAAAUGUUACUUUAGUUUAUGUAAUGAAUCUAUAACUUAUGAAGUACUUUGACUCUGUUUGAUAUAACUAUUUAUGUUUUCCCUGGUACAAGUAAUGAAUGAAUCAACUUUAUGUUUUGUAUUUUGUUAUUACAAGUUGAAGUAUAUUGAAUGAACUUGGUUGGUUGAA